CUCCUGCGACCCGUGGCCAGUAGGGGGCAACAGAUUUCAUUAGCAUGAAGGAGUGGGGUAGGUCAAUGUGAGUGAACGUAGUAUUCAGGGGGUGCAGAUUACUUGAGAAAUUUGACCAUGAGGACUCUACGAAACGUAGCAUCAGAAGUGCACGCUUACUUCGUGCUUUUCAACAGUGUGGAAAUAGCGAGGCCAAUGGAGAAAAACUAAUAGGAUUAUGAGGACAAGAAACCGAGAGCCAACAGAGACACUAGACAAAGGAGAGCACCAUUUCCAUAAAACACUCCAUAACGGAGCAAACAAAGCACAACAACUGUUUUGACACUUACAUUGCUGUCUGGUUGUCGCCAUAUAAACAGGACAGACUGGACUGAAACCGACCCUCCGUGGAUCCUUUGGGAAAGAAAGCUGGAGAGAUCGAAAUUCACUGAUUUACUUCUGUAGAAAUGGGGGAGCAGCCACUAUUCAGCAUGAAGGCUCACGUCUUCCAAAUUGACCCAGACACUAAACGAAAUUGGAUUCCAGCCAGCAAACACGCCGUCACAGUCUCCUUCUUCUAUGAUGCUGGCAGGAGCGUGUAUCGCAUCAUCAGCGUUGGGGGCACUAAGGCGAUUAUCAACAGCACCAUCACACCUAAUAUGACUUUCACCAAAACGUCACAGAAGUUUGGCCAGUGGGCGGACAGCAGGGCGAACACAGUGUAUGGCCUUGGGUUUGCCACAGAGCAGCAGCUUCAGCAGUUCUCAGAGCAGUUUAAAGAGCUUAAGGAGGCUGCACGGCUCGUCCGGGAUAAAUCACAGGAGAAGUUUGAGCUGCUGAGUCCUGGCCUAAACAUCUCUGCUCCACAGGCACUGUCGGUGGACCGUCAGUCUCCUCCACUGCUUGGUGUCAAUGGCUCUAGUGAGGACAAGUUGUUUCGCAGCAAGAGUGCUGAUAUGGAGCAGUCCAUGGAAAAAGAACAGAUGAGGAAGAUGCUUUCCGAAGGGUCGAUAUGUGAGAGAAACUCUGAAGCGGAGCUGUUUUCUCUUCGGGACAGCAACGCUAAGCUUGUGGCUGCUCUGCAUGAAGCUAACAGCAGCAUUGAACAUUGGAAAAAACAAUUAGCCGAGUAUCAGGAAGAAACAGAUCACCUCCGAGAACAGGUUGCAGAGCUGGAGGCUCAGAGCAGGGUUUCUGCUUCCAGUGAGAUGGGGAGCGAGGAGCUCACACAGUCUAUGGCCGAGAUGGAGGCUCUUAUAAAAGCUAAAGAUGAGCUGUUACAUGUCUUGAAAAUGAUGGUUGCUAACAAGUGGCAAAAUCAGACUACAGAGGCUGUCAGCGACAUUAAACGUCAUCACGCCGAACAGGAAAUAAAGACUCUGCGGGGCAAGAAGCCAGAUUUUAGUGAGCUGGAGAAAGAAAGGGAAGAAGCCAGUCAAAGGAUGCAGGACCUGGAAGUGAAGAACUCCGAGUUGGAGAAACGAGUGCAAACAGCAGAAAGCGCUUUAGCUUCCUCCCAGGAUGCCCAGAACAGGGCGGAGAAUGCGGUGCAGAAGGUCAUCGAAACUUUAGACGUCAAGAUCUACGACUUGAGUGACCUGCGACAAAACCUAGCCAAGCUCCUGGAGAAAUGACUGGGGGUUGGACAAAUAUUGUAUGGCAAAACCACCAAUAUGAGGUAGAUGAGAACUUGUUCUCUACUGCAAUAUUCCCAAGCUGCACAACUCAACGGUUCAUCAAAGUACUAGGCUGGUAGUAAAAACUAGAGAGGUGAUAAGUAGCAUGACAAUACCUGAAUUUAGGACAAUAUUUGCAUCCACAUUCCACAUUUUCUUCCUGAGAGCUUAAAGCCAUUAGUGUAACUUACCAGGUGUUUCACGCCCAUAGAACAGGGCCUGUUUGAUUAAAAUAGUUAGGAGGAAGACCAUUAAGAACUGUCCAAAAGUCUACAGCUUUUAGACCUGUUUAUUGGUACUAGAUAUCAAUAUAGUUGAAAUUGUUGUUGAGAUCUGUGAUUGGUUUUGACUAGGUUUCUAAACGAGUAAUUAGAGAAAAACUUUGAACAGAACGUUCUGUAGAUAUAAGCUACCGUUCAAUGUAUUUACCAGUAUUAUUGUUAGAUGCAUAACUAGAACUGAAGAAUGAAAAUAUCUCAAUAUUUACAGACACCAGCAUGUCUCUGUUAGGACAUUUAAGUGAUUUGUUGAACUUACAGUUUCUCUUACAUGCCUCAUAAAGUUUGCUGAAGAGCAGCAGGGAAAUCAAAGCACAUAGCACUAACAAAACAUGAUAUUUCUCUUAGUAACAAAUGAUAACAAAAGUGAAUGGUUAACCUUAACUUCCCUUUUUCAUUAACUAAUUUAUUCAUCAUUUUAACUAGUUUGCUGCAGUCUGUUUAAAUAUGUAGGUAGUUAUAAAUCUAAUGCAUUUCUGCAAGGAUCAGCUGGUUUGCAGAAUACUUCAAUUCAAUUUUCACUGAUUCCAUUAGUUCAGAAUGGCACUUCUAACUGCAACAACCCUUUAGGAAAAACACUUUAGACUUUUUAUAGACCACUAUCGUUUUCAAUAUGUCAACAUGCAUCUUUAUAUCCACCUUUAUACUAUCCUCUUUUUAAAAACAUGUCUUUAGCCUAAACAUUCACUUUAACUGUUGAUUUUUUUUUUUUUUUUUUUUCUUGCUUGGACAUCUGCUCUAUAACCUCAAAGACAUUUGCACAAAUACUAUUUUUCUAUUGUGCGCCUGUUGUUGUUGGUUUUAUAUGAAUUCCCAAUAAAAGUAUUUGCUUUCUGUGUA